GCGCUACGUUUGCAUCGUGUUCCGCGUUGGUGAAUCAUGUGUGAAAAACGUGGUACGUACACGCGUAGACCGCAGGUGCCUCUUCUAGUGGUGACUACUUUGUUAGUUGGCGUGCGUCCGGAAUUAGUUGAUCCAAAUUUCAAGGAACCCAUCGCCAACGUAACUGCGCCAGUCGGAAGGGAAACGAUUUUAGCUUGCAUGGUUCAAGAUUUAGGUGCAUACAAAGUAGCGUGGCUGCAAGUAGACACCCAAACAAUACUGACAAUAGCCAACCACGUUAUUACGAAAAACCAUCGGAUAGCCGUCUCCCACAGCGAUCAUCGAACAUGGUUUCUCCACAUACGAGAAGUAAGAGAAUCGGACAGGGGAAGGUACAUGUGUCAGAUUAAUACGGACCCAAUGAAAAGUCAAACUGGUUAUCUGGAAGUUGUCGUGCCGCCGGACAUUUUGGAUUACCAAACGAGCACAGACAUGGUGGUGAACGAAGGAAGCAAUGUCACUUUACGUUGCACUGCGACAGGAUCACCGGCACCUAACAUAACAUGGCGACGAGAAGAUAACCAAUCCAUACUCUUGGGGGAUGGAACGGAAGUUACGAACAUCGAGGGGCCAAAUUUUAAUAUCACAAAAGUGAACCGAUCGCACAUGGGAUCGUAUUUGUGUAUCGCGUCCAAUGGUGUACCGCCUUCUGUCAGCAAAAGGAUUAUGCUGAUUGUUCAUUUUUCCCCCAAUAUUUCGGUGCCAAAUCAAUUAGUGGGUGCUCGGAAAGGGGACCAGUUGACUUUGGAGUGUUAUUCGGAAGCUUAUUCGAAAUCCAUCAAUUACUGGAUAAGGGAUAAGGAUAGAAUAAUUCAUCAAGGAGGGAAAUACAACCCUAUAAUAUUGGAGGACGCGUACAAAGUUCACAUGAAACUACUCAUAAACUCUGUCGGUCCCUCGGAUUUUGGAUCGUACAAGUGUAUUUCGAAAAACUCAUUGGGAGAAGCUGAGGGCAGCAUCGAAGUUUACGAAAUAACGGAAGAUCCGGCUUCCAGCAACAGCAACACAAAACACAGAGGAAAGUUAAGGCAUAAUUCAAAGAACGAUAUUUUUGAAGGAAAUCAGGACAUGCUAAAAGAGCGAGAUUUGAAGUUACGAGGUCGUAAAGAAACCGACGGAAACGAAGCCGACGAUUACGAUGAUUCCGGAGUGACGCCGAAGGAGAACCCUUUCAUCCUGGUUUUCGUUUUGGUCGCGUUCACUAUUUACCUCCACCAUCAUCCACAGUUAAGGACGCUACGUCCGGUUUGAAAAUCGGCCAUCGCCUCGUUAGCGCGUCAUCGAUGUUUUCUUUCGAUC